AGACAAAUCAUUUGUCAAAAGUAGACGAUACAAUUUGGAAUUUGCUUUGCGAAAAUCUAUAUUUUAGAAAAAAAUGGCUAGCAAAGUGGAAAAUAAUUACAAAGUGAACCCUGAAAAGGUCCGCUUAGAAACCGAUCAAGGUAUCGUGGAAAGUGAAGAAAGAAAAUGGGGAAUGCCUUUGAAAGAUGUGUACAAACACGGACUAGCGUUUUACAAAGAUAAGGAAGGCAAAGCUUUACACUUAAGCUAUGAAGAUAGAUUGAAACUGGUUGCAUACACCCAGCAAACAUCUCAUGGGCCUUUGGAUGUGAAUUCCGCUUCCCCAUUAGGAGUUUUAGAUGUUAUUGGACGAGAUAGGAGAGCAGCAUGGCAGGCAUUGGGGCAGAUGUCUCAGGUUCAGGCAAUGGCUGGUUUUGUCCACACAUUAGACAGGCUUUGCCCACUUUUCAAACCAUAUUUGGAGGCAAUACAAAAGGAUAUGGAAGAUAAGAAAAUGCAAGAGAUGAAGAAGGAAGAGGAAGAAAAAGCACAUUUGGAGCUACAGAACAGAAUAAUGUUGGAGAAACAGAAACAGCAAAGUAAUAAGCUUACAGAAGAGCAGCAAGUGCAAAGAAUAAAGGAUGCUCUCAAUGCACAAACAUAUGAACAGUUCCUACAGUAUGCUCAACAACAGUACCCGGGUAACUUUGACCAGCAAGCUAUCCUCAUCCGUCAGCUGCAGGACAAACACUACCAGCAAUACAUACAGCAGUUGGCUGUAGACCAGAGGCUCGCCAACUCUAACAUAAACAUGGCUGAGGACAAAGAGAAUGACAAUACAAAUAAUGUCAAGGAGAAAACUAAUGAGGAAUCUGAUACUGAUUUCAAUUUGAAUGAAGCUCAGCCAGCUUCGCCUUCUGAUAAAUCAAUGCAGACCACAGAGAAGACGGACAACAAUGAGUACAUUGAAGAGGUCAGGGCUGAUGACAACACUGACGAUGAUGAAGGUUACCUCAAUGUGGAGGAGGUUCGCAUGUGGACUCGAGGUGAUAUAGCGAAGUUCAAGAGCUCAGCUAAGCAGGGUGGUGGCAAGCUUACCGUCGGUCAUGGAGAGACCAUUACCGUACGAGUACCUACGCACCCUAAGGCCAGGUGCCUCUGCUGGGAAUUCGCUACUGAUAACUACGACAUAGGUUUCGGAAUAUAUUUUGAAUGGACCAAGUCACCCACCACCGAGGUUACUGUUCACGUGGCUGAGAGCGAUGAGGACGACGAGGAGGAUGCUGAUGACGACGAAUAUCCUGUUGGAGAUGGCUCUUUCCACGAGUAUACUAUUCACGGCACUCGGGCGGACUUGGAGCUUGGUGGCGAAAAGCGUGUAGAGAAAUCAACCACCGGUUCUACGCGCCCACUCACCAGUCUUGUAGUACCUGUAUACCGUCGGGAUUGUCACACUGAGGUAUACGCCGGAUCUCACACGUACCCCGGCGAAGGAGUAUACUUAUUAAAGUUCGACAACACUUACAGUCUAUGGCGAUCCAAAACCCUGUACUACAAAGUGUACUACACACAGUAAAUAUUUAUUUAAACUUAUAUUAGAGCCAUGACAGAGAUAUAUUUAACAUUACGUUUAAAAUUAACACCCGAUAUAUUGCACAGCCAGUAUUUUUUGUUCCUGUGGGUAUAUUUAGCAAAAGGGUUUGUUUAAAGGCGCGUUCAAAUAUUGAGAGGUUGUUUGCACACAGAGUUUCACCGAGCUUAUCAUUUAUAUUGAAAACACGCAUAGUGCAACACAGAAAUGUAGACAACGCAUUCAUACUUUUGGAUUCAAGAAUGUAUGCAUGGAACAAUAAUAUUAAAUUAUAACAUCUUAAAUAUUUUAGUCAAACAUAAUCGUAGUUAAUCUAGGGCAUCAUUACUUAUUGUAUCUUCUCAUAGGUCUCCUUGCGAGAACGUCCAAUGCUGAACAAAGACCUACUUCCUAGGAUGAGCAGGGAUUUCUCAUAAUCCCUAUGCUUAGCAGUUGACUAGAUGUCUGGAAAAUCAAGCAAUGCUGCUGCCUUUCUCUUGUAGAACAUACCAAUGAUGCGUAUACUCUUAAUAUUUGUUCGCCUUUUGCUACAUUUCAGUGCAAUAAUAAUGAGCUUCUUUAGCCAAUUUAGCGACGUACUAUUAAUUAUUAUUAACUAAGCUUUAUGUACACUACACAAUAAUGUGCUUUUAGUUCAAUUAAUACAAAAGCAGUAAUUUUUAGUUUAGUUGAUGUAUUCGUAUUAAUAUUGUGUAGUUAUCUUGUCUAUUUCGUAAGUUAUGUACCACUAUAAUUUAAGUAGUUUCCAAUUUGUCCAGUAACUUAUGUUAGGUUGUGCAAGGUGCACGUUUUUUUUGCAUUUCAUUUAGAUAUUAAUUGUGGAGUGAAUUGGGUAUUUAUUUUGUUUAGAUUGUACCGUAAUACGGACCUAUUUAAUUAUAUAAUAUUUAUAAAUAAAUAAAUAAAGAUAUAUCAGUAGGUAUAAUGUAUUACAGCGGAGUAAAUAAAUAAAAUCACUGUUUCCAUAUUUUAUGUGUUGCAGAUUUUAAUCCAUGUUUCUUCUGAAUAAAAAUUCCAAUGUCUGUAUGUCAUAGCUAGUUCUAAUAUUUAUUAUCUGUGCCAUUAGAUGAAUUAUGAAUGUUUAUGGUUUUAAUAGUACUUAAACUGAUAAGAAUUUGAUGUCUAAUUACUUGUAAUCACAGUUGUUAUUGUUUGUGUAUGAAGACUUUAUUUCAUAAUGUUAUAAGCAAAAUUUAAGCGAAGUAAUGGAAGAAAAUAUAAGAUUUAUUCUUAAUUAGUGCAGAGUUAUACAUGUAUGUUGCACUAGGUUGUAUCUACAAGUUAUUAUAUUAUUAUUCUAGCUUUGUUUUAAUAUUUGUCCUCAUCUGAGUUCACAUUCAUUGGCAGCACACUGAAUAACACUGUUUCUUUAUCAGUUGCAACACAGCAAACCAUAAAGCAAAGAAUUCGGUUUUUCAUGCUUUUAGAUGCCAUGUUUUUUUUUUCUUUUUUUUUCUCUUUUUUUUGGAUUUUGUCAGGAAAAGUUGUUGUAGAUGGGAGUUAGAUUAUGUAGACAUGAAACGCUGCAGGCGUGCAGUCUAUAUUAUCGUACUAUGGAGUAUUACAGGAUUGUGUGGUUAGUUGUUAUGGAUUCUAGAAAAUUCAUAUAAUAUUGGGAGUUUUAGAAAAGGGAAGGUAUUUUAAAAGAAAGCAUAAUAGAAAUAUGUGUUGGAUUAUCUGUUAUAUUCACUGUAUGUUUUUUUGUUAGGUGGCCAUUAAAAUGUCGUUAUGAAAAAGAUUUGAGUGGAGUUGUUAACUUGCAAAGGCCAUCAUCUUAAUACGAGUUACUGUUAAUUCAUCCUCAUGUACCUGCAAAAUGUAUCAAAUAAUAAAUAUCUUUCUUCAAAACUAUCAUGAAAAGUUUAUUUAUGUUGACAGAUUAAACAAACGUUUUUGUUUAUUGUUGUUCAUGUACUGUGUGUUUUAUUUCUAAUGAAUUCAAUCGUUAAAUGUAUGUACAACACUGAAUAUAAUAUAAAGAUAUAAUACAGAAUAUAUAAGUUAA